UGGUGCGUCACAUGGUCGCAGCCGUGUUCCACUUUUGAUCUUGGUAAAGCUGGUAUCCCAGUUGAACGACCCACAGUCUUCACCGUUUGGGUUUCGCGCGAAAGGCUUAUCUCAAUUCCACAGUAAGAAAUGCCGAAAUAUAAGCUAACUUACUUCAAUGUGACAAGUCUGGGAGAACCGAUAAGAUUUCUCCUAAGUUACGGCGGUGCGGAUUUCGAAGAUGUGCGUAUAGACAGACAAAACGAGUGGCCGGCAAUCAAGCAUACUAUGCCUUUUGGCCAGGUACCAAUUCUCGAGAUAGAUGGAAAGGUUUAUUACCAAACUCUACCGAUAUGUCGUUACCUUGCACGGCAGUUUAACAUCGGUGGCCAAACCGAUUUAGACGCCCUGGAAAUCGAUGCUAUCGCAAAUUCGGUUUACGACCUCAGAAAACUCGCAGCGUUUUACUACUGGGAAGCGAAUCCGGAUGAGAAGGCUAAGAAAAGAGAGACUCUGGUGAACGCGUCUCUUCCCUUUUAUUUGAAAAAGUUCGACGAAAUGUUAAAGGAUAACGCUGGCUAUUUUCACGGAGGAGAGCUCAGCUACGCGGAUUUGUUCUUCGCUGCAGCUUACGAUAACAUAAACAGUUUCAUGGGCUUUGACGUCGCAAAGGAUUACCCAAACUUGAGACGACUGGUAGACAAAGUUCUUGCGUUGCCUAAAAUCGCUGCCUGGGUGGCGAAGAGACCAAAAACUCCUUAUUAUGUUCCGUUGCACUCAAAAUGCCCGCAUAUAAAGCAACAUACUUUAACAUCGUGGGCUUGGGGGGCCCGAUUAGAUUUCUUCCGAGUUACGGCGGCGUCGAGUUCGAGGAUAUUCGUGUCGAACAUUCGAAUUGGCCCGAAGCUAAGCCAAUCUUCGCGACUGGUUCGUUACGACUCAUCGUCAGCUUUGAGGACAGGACCCAAGCUCAGUUUGUUCCGAAUCAACAGAGUCGAGGGUUGGGUGCGUGCAGGGCUCGUGCGUUUGGUGAUACGAAAAUUUCGUUACCUACGGUACUUUAAUCUUACAUCUGAUAAGAAUACAAAAAUGCCCCAGUACAAACUGAUCUAUUUCAAGACGACGGGAAUAGCUGAACUUGUGCGAUAUCUAUUCAGCUAUGCAGAUCAGGAUUUUGAAGAUGUGAGACACGAUAUUACGACUUGGCCGAAGUUCCAACGCGAGACACCCUACGGAGUGUUGCCGUUAUUGGAAAUCGACGGGAAGGUUUACAACCAGAGCUUGGCGAUCGGCAGAUACUUGGCCAAAGAGUUCAACUUGACCGGUAGUAACAAACUGGAAGAUUUGGAAAUCGACUCCAUGGUAGACACGAUCAACGAUUACAGAAAUGUAUUCAGUCAGUACUUGUGGGAGGCGAACAAGAUCGCGAAAUCCAAAAGGAAGGAACAGCUUGUGCAGGAAAAACUUCCAUUCUAUUUGAACAGGUUUGAAGAUCGGGUGAAAGCAAAUGGCGGCUACUUCGUCGGUGGAAAGCUGACUUGGGCCGACCUGUGGUUCGUUUCGCUGAAGCCAUACCUCGACUUUGUCAUUGGAUUCGACACUCUGAAGAAUCACGCUGCUCUGACAGAGCAUGCGAACAAGAUCAACGCGAUUCCUAACAUAAAGAAAUGGCUCGAUACUCGGCCAACCGAAUGCUGCCUACAAGAAUUCUUGGACGCCAAGCAACAGGACUGAUCGAACGCUUCUGCGCGGUGUAAUUAUCAUUAAUUCACGAUGUAUGAUCAAUCUCACACCACCUGGCGUGAUUUUUUAAAAUGAAUUCACAAGACAGGAAUCCUAUGUAACUUGUUCUCUUCGCAUUAAAUAAAAAGUGUUUUUGUAUUCCAACA